GCGCAGCGGCCCAAGAUGGACGCGCCCGCGGUGCUCGCCGCUGCUGCUGCGGCCCCGGCCCCACGCGGACCCCAGCUGGGCGGCGGCGCCGGCCGGACCCGCAGAACCCCGGGCUCCGCGCACCGCCGGCUGCUGGUGCUGCGGGACCCCGAGGACGGCGCGCAGGGGCCGCGGCGCGGGGAGGCCCGGCCGGCGGGCCCCGGCGGCGGCGGCGGCGACUCCUUCGUGGUACUGCUGGAAGUGGCUCGCGGCGCGGCCGAAGCCCCGGGGCGGCGGGAGACUGAGCCUGAGCCCGGCGCCGCCGCGAGCCCGGCCGGCCGCCCUGCGCAGGUCCCCGGCACCGCGCCCCUCGCGGGCCCCCAAGCCGCCGGCGGCCAGGACCUGCUGGUGCACCUGGAGCGCGGCGUCCUCGCGCUGGCCGCGCCGUCCCGGCGUCCGGCGCCCGGCCAGGAGGCCGCCAGCCCGGCAGGGGCCCGCCGCGCGUCCGCCGGCCCCGGGUACCGCUGCCCCGAGCCGCAGUGCGCGCUUGCUUUCGCCAAGAAGCACCAGCUCCAGGUGCACCUGCUGACGCACGGCGGCGGCCAGGGCCGGCGGCCCUUUAAGUGCCCGCUGGACGGCUGCGGCUGGGCCUUCACCACGUCGUACAAGCUUAAGCGGCACUUGCAGUCUCACGACAAGCUGCGGCCUUUCGGCUGCCCGGUGGGCGGCUGCGGCAAGAAGUUCACCACCGUGUACAACCUCAGGGCGCACAUGAAGGGCCACGAGCAGGAGAGCCUGUUCAAGUGCGAGGUGUGCGCCGAGCGCUUCCCCACGCACGCCAAGCUCAGCUCGCACCAGCGCAGCCACUUCGAGCCGGAGCGGCCCUACAAGUGCGACUUUCCCGGCUGUGAGAAGACGUUCAUCACAGUGAGUGCUCUGUUUUCCCACAACCGGGCCCACUUCAGGGAACAAGAACUCUUUUCUUGCUCCUUUCCUGGAUGCAGCAAACAGUAUGACAAAGCCUGUCGUCUGAAAAUCCACCUGAGAAGCCAUACAGGCGAAAGACCUUUUAUCUGUGAUUCUGACAGUUGCGGCUGGACCUUCACCAGCAUGUCUAAACUCCUAAGGCACAAAAGGAAGCACGACGAGGACCGCCGCUUCCCCUGCCCCGUUGAGGGCUGCGGGAAGUCGUUCACCAGGGCCGAGCACCUCAAGGGCCACAGCGUCACCCACUUGGGCACCAAGCCGUUCGCGUGUCCCGUGGAAGGGUGCUGUGCCAGGUUCUCCGCGCGGAGCAGCCUCUACAUUCACUCCAAGAAGCACCUGCAGGACGUGGCCGCUCCGAAAAGCAGGUGCCCGGUGUCCAGCUGCCCCAGGCUCUUCACGUCCAAGCACAGCGCGAAGGCCCACGUGACCAGGCAGCGCCACCGGCACCCAGACCUCUUCCCUCCGCUGGGAGCUGCAAGUGUGCUCGCGCCCAGCAGUGACCUCAGCAGCCCCAGCCAGAGUGAGUUCAGCGGCGUGGACCUGGCGGUCCUCUUCUCCGACACGCCUGGCGACAGCGGUGGAGCCCCCAGGACCUCCGACGAGGCGCUGCGCACCGGCAUCCUGACUGUCGACGUGACUUCUGUGAGCGCCUCUCUCGGGGGGGGCCUCCCUGCCAGUCAGGCUACCUCCGGGCCCGCGGGCCCCCUGGUGUUGGUGGCCCGCAGUGACGUCCCACCGGGCCCGGACAGGCCCCUCGUCCUUGGGACGGCAGCCACGGUUCUCCAGCAGGGCAGCCUCGCUGCAGGUGACGUGCAGGCCGUGGACGCGGGGGCGCUGGGCUGUCUGGUGGCCCUGCCCGUGAAGAGCUUGAGUCGGGACCCCCAGGCUUUGACCUCUGCGAGCGGCCCCCGGGGAGACAGCAGUGCCCUGGAGCUGCUGCUUCCCGUCAAAGUGGAACCGGACUCAGCCCCCAGCCCCGACGCCGUCAGACAGCAGGCGUGGAGCGGAGGGGUGCCGCGGCCCGUGGAGUCCAGCCCUGCAGAGGAGCUCGGACCUCGGAAAGACGCGGGACUUGGUGCAGGGACCGGCGGCUUCUACUUGCUGUGUGACGUGGGCCAGCCCGGCGUCUGUGAGCCCAGAAGGCGCGUGGCGAAGGGGCCGCAGGAAGGUGGGGGCUCAGCAAGAACUGAUUCCCGAGCCAUCCAACUAGCCAAGGAAAGAAAGCAGAGAGGAGCCGGGCGCCACACAGGAGCCGCGGGGCCCGCACUGAGCACAGGGGAAGGCGACGUCCGUGCCGGCCCCGGAGCCUGCCUGUGGGGCAGCCUCGCAGUGCCCGGCGUGGCUCUGCCAUGCGUCCAGGUCCAGCUGCUGCAGAAUGAUCCCUCAGGGGACGUGGUCUUCCCGCUGGCGCCCGGCCCGCAGCCUCCCGUCUCCCAACCCCUGCUUGCUGUCGAUCUGCCUGUCUACGUCCUCCAGGAGGUGCUCCCUGAAGCUGGAGGGGCCGCUGGGCCUGAGGACAUAUGGAGCUCGGGCAGCACAGUCGGCCUGUGGGCCCUGCAGUGAAACCAGCUCUGCCUGGGCCGAGGGCGCCGCUUGGAAGGCUGGCCUCGUUC